CGGCCACUCCCUCCUCCUCAUUCUGUGGGGGGAGUCGCCUGCUCCCAUUCAUUCACUCACUCAGUCGUUCGGUGAGCUGCUGCUGCUGGUGGUGGUGGUGAUUGUUGUCGUCGUUGUUGGUGGUUGUUGUUGGUGGUGGUGGUUUGAAGAGGCCAUGUCCGAAGACUCUGAGCAGCGCGGGCAGGAGGAGGAGGAGACGCCUCUGGGCGCCCUCUACACGUCGGAGCGCGACGGCAGCGACGAGAGCGGAGACGGCAGCCAGGAGAAGCCCUUCAAGAGCGUCCUGCAGGCCUUGAAAUCUGUGGGCACUGUGCCGCUCCCGAGCCUCUACGUGGACGCCAAGGCCCAGGGAGAGAGAUGGGAACCGAUAUCCAAGACGCAGCUGAAGGGCGUCAAGAAGGCCUGGCAGCGCGAGCAGACGAAGCAAGACGCCAAGGACAAGAAGGAGGCGGAGGAUGCUGUACGCCGGGAGAAGAACCUGGAAGAGGCCAAGAAGAUCAGCAUCGCGCUCGACCCCAGCCUCCCCGCACCGCUGCAGCUCAAGGUGGUUGAGCUGGCGGCACACCGGGGCAGCCGCGUCAAGGUGUUUGGCUGGGUGCACCGGCUGCGGCGGCAAGGGCGGACGUUGAUGUUUGUGGUGCUGCGUGAUGGCACCGGCUUCCUGCAGUGCGUCAUGAGCGAGAAGCUGUGCCAGUGCUACGCCGCCGUGCUGCUGGCCACCGAGAGCUCCGUCGCCGUGUACGGCACCGUGAAGCCCGUGCCGGACGGCAAGGCGGCCCCCGGCGGGCACGAGCUAAUCUGUGACUUCUGGGAGCUGGUGGGCGCCGCGCCGGCGGGCGGUGCCGACAACCUCCUCAACGAGGAGUCGAGCGUGGAGGUGCAGCUGGACCACCGUCACAUGCUGCUGCGCGGCGAGACGCUGGCGCGGGUGCUGCGCGUGCGCUCCGCCGUCGUGCAGUGCUUCCGCGACCACUACUUCAGCCGCGGGUACCACGAGGUGACGCCGCCGACGCUGGUGCAGACGCAGGUGGAGGGGGGCUCCACGCUGUUCCGCCUCGACUACUUUGGGGAGGAGGCCUUCCUCACGCAGUCCUCGCAGCUCUACCUGGAGACGUGCAUCCCCGCACUGGGGGACGUCUUCUGCGUGUCGCAGUCGUACCGGGCCGAGCAGUCCCGCACGCGGCGCCACCUCGCCGAGUACACGCACGUGGAGGCGGAGUGCCCUUUCAUCACGUUCGAGGAGCUGCUGCAGCGUGUGGAGGACCUGGUGUGUGACGUGGUGGAGCGUGCCCUGAGCUCGCCGCUAGCCGGUCAGCUGCUCGAAGUCAACCCGGGCUUUGUCGCACCCAAGAGGCCGUUCCGGCGCAUGGACUACACGGACGCCAUCGUGUGGCUACGCGAGCACAACAUAACCAAGGAGGAUGGCACCUUUUAUGAGUUCGGGGAGGACAUCCCCGAGGCCCCGGAGCGGCUGAUGACGGACGCCAUCGGCGAGCCCAUCCUGCUCUGCCGCUUCCCGGCCGAGAUCAAAUCCUUCUACAUGCAGCGCUGUGCUGACGACCCACGGCUCACCGAGUCGGUGGACGUGCUGAUGCCCAACGUGGGUGAGAUUGUGGGGGGGUCGAUGCGUAUUUGGGACCACGAGGAGCUCCUGGAAGGCUACAAGCGGGAGGGCAUCGACCCCACGCCCUACUACUGGUACACGGACCAGCGCAAGUACGGCUCGUGCCCCCACGGCGGCUAUGGCCUGGGCCUGGAGCGCUUCCUCACGUGGAUCCUGAACCGGCACCACAUCCGUGACGUGUGCCUCUACCCGCGCUUCAUCCAGCGCUGCAAGCCCUGAGCUCAGGGCCGGCCCUGAGCUCAGGGCCGGCCCUGGCGGCGUCGCCACGGCGACCGUGGUGGCAGGGCGGCGCGACAAGUCAAUAAUGAACACGGUGAUUUAGAGGGUAACGGCGUCGCAUAUCCCACCUCUCGCCAGGACGAUGAGGUUGUAGGCGGGGACACGUGGUUAAGUUCAGAUGUGUGUGCGGUGCGUGUGUGCGGUGCGUGCGUGCGGUGCGUGUGUGUGUGUGGUGCGUGCGUGUGUGCGGUGCGUGGUGCGUGUGUGCGGUGCGUGCGUGCGGUGUGUGGUGUGUGCGGUGCGUGUGUGUGUGGUGCGAGUGUGUGUGUCUUGUGUGUGUGGUGCGCGCGUGUGUGUGGUGC